GCUGGUUCAUAAAUAACCUCUCUCUCGCUCCGAGUUCCGAUAAAUAUAGCUGUAAAUUGUCCCACCGUCGUUUCCAGUCGACAACUGUCUGCCUUGACCAAAUCAGUUCCUUGUGGAAUCACGUGACCGGGUGGCAUGAAGCUGCUGACAGUGACCUCGCGUAACGUUAAGAAGUUACAUCGUUUCCGAUUUCCGUGGGCAAGAACUCUGCCGCUCAAACCCCAUAAUAGCUACGAUGGAAGCUUUCAUCAGGCUGUGGCUCCUGUUCUACUUUUAGGGCAGUGUUUAACUCUCAUGCCGGUGGUUGGAAUCUUCAAUCGCAACUCCAGAAACACGCGCUUCAAACUGCGAAGCUUCCGUUUCAUUUACUCACUGACCUAUGCGCUUGUCGUAGGCGUUUACGUUGUACUAGCUUGUCGAAGAUGCAUUUUGAAAGGAUUAAAUGUUAGCUUUUUUGGGGACCUGGUCUAUUUGUUGGUGGUUUACACCGCGGCUAUUCUGUUUUUAUUCAUCGCUUUCCGCUGGCAUGAGAUUUUGAUGCAAUUUAGUGCCUGCGAGAGUUUGUUUCUCAGAGAUCCUUACAACAGAGUGACCAAACGACUGAUGAAGUGGAGUCUUAUCUGGAGAAUUCGCUCACUUGUGUUCGGAAUUUUUGUUUUGGCAAUAGUAGAAGACUCGCUACUGUACUAUUCAUCCUAUCAGGAUAAUAUCGUACAGAUGGAUUUCUGCAAUCGGACAAACGUAAGUUUCUGGGAAAAUUUUUAUUUUCGAGAGUACCCGCAGAUCUUCCGGAUAGUUCCGGUUAAUUACGGAUCGGUGAUAAUUGUAGAGUGGAUUAACAAGUGCAUGCGCUAUACCUGGACAUAUUUGGACAUGUUUAUAAUAUCGUUCAGCUUUGGAGCUCAGUUUCGGUACAGUCAACUAUACCAUCGGUUGGCUAGCAUUGAGGGCGUCGUUCAUCCCGCAAACUUCUGGCGCGACAUCCGUAGAGACUACGUGGCCGUCUCUCAGCUAGUUCUAUUUUUGGAUGACAAAUUCGGUUCACUGAUUCUGUUGGCUUGUGCCAACGACAUGUACUUCAUAGCGACACAGCUUUUCAACGGGUUCCAGCGACGUCCAGCGGUCGCCACUAUGGCUUACUUUUGGUAUUCGCUAAUUUUGCUGAUCUUCCGAACGAUUUGCAUGCUUUAUGUUAGCUCGGGUGUGCACGUUGCAGCAGUAAGCCCGUUAAAUUUAUUGCGAAAUGUGCCGUCCAAAGAUUGGUGCCUUGAUCUUCAACGUUUGUCAGAUGAUGUAGCAUCGGGAGACAAUACGCUGUCAGGGAAGAAGUUUUUCUUUUUGAAGAGGCAAAUCAUUUUGGCAAUGGCUGGAACUCUUGUGACCUACGAACUGGUUCUAAUGGACCAGGUCAAGCAGGCACCUGACUCGACUAUGGAUUGCUCACCACGUGCAGGAGAAAACAACAACUUUAGCAUCUACAUCGAGGCCACCAAUAGCGGAGUUUUUUGUGACGUACCAACGAUGGAUAAAUCUAGGAUUGAUGAUUUUUGGGCGGCACUGCGACCUAUUAUCUUUGUAGCACAACUGUUUGCACUUUUCCCAGUGGAUGGCAUCUUUUCCAAGGACGUCAAUCGGAUCGCUUUUCGAUGGAUCAGCCCGAGAAGUUUGUAUUCGCUUUGUCUACUCGUUCUAGGUGCUUUGGUUAUCAUCGCACAGGUACACCAUGUGGCUAGUACUACUGCAACAGCUAGUAACAUAGCUGCGGUUCUUUAUUAUGUGUUCAACUAUAGCGGAUUGGUUUGUUUCUUCGUGAUUGCGAUCCAAUGGCGAACGGUGAUGGCGAACUGGCGGAUGCACGAAGAAGUUUUCCUUCAUUCACCGUACCUGGUAAAGGGGCGCAGUUUGAAGUUCCAAGUCAGAGCCGUUGGCAUUUCCAUAUUAGUUUUAGCUUUCAUUGAAGACGUCCUGCACAUGUUGUCAUGCUACGUGAGCAACCAGGAAUACAUGUUGCGUUGUGACAACAGUACACCCUUCUGGGAAUUGUUUUACGCAAGAGAGCAUAUACAAAUAUUCGGAUAUGUAAAGUAUAGUCUACCGUUGGCAUUGCUAAACGAAUUCGUGCACAAGAUUUACCUGUUUGCGUGGUCUUUUAUGGACCUCUUCAUAACGUUGAUUAGUUUGAGUUUGUCGAAACGAUUCGAGCAGUUCUAUUCCAGAAUUGAACACCUGAAGGGAAAGUCGAUGCCGGAUUCAUUUUGGACGGAAAUUCGACAGGACUACACACGGCUAUCCAACUUGGUGGGUUAUAUGGACGGUGUUCUUUCUCCAAUGAUUAUGGUUACUUGCGGUUCGGAUCUUUUCUUCAUCACCUACCAGCUGUACAUGUCUGUCCAAAUCAACGCUUCCCCGUUAUCGACCUCUUACUACCGGAUUUCGUUGAUGUUCUUGAUAUUGAGAACACUGGUGAUGCUGCUUGCAUCGUCUCACAUUUAUGUAGCUUCAAGGAAGCCUCUAAAUAUUUUAAGAGCUGUCCCGAUGAGCUCCUGGACAAUCAACGUUCAACGAUUCACCAACGAGAUUUUAAACAUCGAUAAUGUUCUAUCGGGACACAAGUUCUUCUUCCUCAAGCGGAAGAUUAUUCUGGCGAUGGCUGGAACGAUGAUUACUUAUGAGCUGGUGAUGCUAAGUGAAGUCAAAUCUACUACUCAGGCUGAUUUUUGUGCUGGCAAUCACCGGUUGUUCUAAAAUAAGGUAGACAAGGUAGAACGAGGAACAAGAUGUUUCGGCAAGCUUAAAUCUAUGGUCGUCAUAUAGUCUACUUUAGUUUCAUAUGUAACGAAUGCGGCGCACUCGUACUAAACGAUGGCUAUACGCGUUCCUAGCAGUUCACGUGUAUAUGCGUCUUCUACUUAAACCUCUCGGUUACCGCAUCACAUCUGGUUCUCCUUCAUUCAAUGCUUUUCACCGAAGUUCACAAGGCGCGCUGCUAGAAAAUUUUCAUGGUGUGAGCUGAAGGCGAAUUAGGUUAGCUUCCUUGCUCCCCUCACUGAAAAUUUUCAGAAAUAAAUUGAUAGUCGCAAAUAAAAAUCUGUUAUCAGAAAGCAUAUAUGGUCAAGGCUUCUGUCUGUCACGUUAGAUUUUAACGCAUAUUUCAUUAGAUAAGUCAGCAAAAACGAUAAAACCAGAUUCUAUCCCAACUGAACAUUAUUAAGGUCACAUAACCGCACAUUUUAUCUACAGAAAGUUAUUUUCUAUCAUGAGCGGUUUUCGUGUUAUUGUCAUUUUAAUACGUCUGUCACGUUACACAAUUUUCGCAGUGUUUGGAGGUUGCCCGACUAAAUUGAAAAAGUCUGUUCCGUUGGCCCCCAAAUUUGCAUGUUUAAGUUGAAGCUUGAAAAACAAGGAAGAGUUUGAAAUAUAGUUUUUCUGAAGAAAAAUUUUGUU